CUGUACCCUGUACGUUGCGCUGGCGCUGAUUGCGCCGCUGUCGAAAAAAAAGAGACCCCAAGAUGGCGAGGGGGAGCAUGGUGCAGUACGCUUUUCAGCAGCAAUAUACCAUUAAUACGUGGCUUAGAAAGAAAACUAUUCGAGAAAGAUAUGAUUUGUCGACGAAUCUAUUCAGGAAGGAUCUGUAUGCGCACUAUGGUUGCGUUAAUGCUAUCGAGUUCUCCACGGACGGAGACUGGUUGGUUUCUGGAGGAGAUGACAAGAGAGUAUUGCUGUGGAAUAUACAAGAAGCUAUUUCUGGAAGAGGCAGCCCACGAUCGAUGAAAGGGAGACACAACAGUAAUAUUUUCUGUCUAAGCUUCGAUUCGAAACGCGAGCACAUAUUUUCCGCAGGUAAUGACGAACAAGUCCUAGUCCAUGAUGUAGAAACCGGUGCAACUAUGGAUGUGUUCAUGCAUGGAGAAGCAGUGUACGGUUUGUCUGUUGAGCCCACCAAUGACUUUGUGUUUGCAAGUGCUUGCGAUGAUGGACGUAUUCUGAUCUAUGACAUACGUGAGCCAAGUUCAACGGAUCCAUUGCUUUUGGUUGCAUCGUCGUCUGCAUUCCACGCUGUAACGUACAACCCACAGGAGCCCCGUCUCCUUGCAACAGCUAACUCUAAGGAAGGUGCGGGGCUCUGGGACGUGCGAAAACCCCGAAGCUGCCUCCUGCGUUAUGGCGGUCGCUUGUCUCCACAAAGUUCCAUGAGCGUGCGGUUCAACUCGACAGGUACCUUGCUGCUGGCUCUGCGACGAAGGCACCCGCCAGCUCUGUAUCAGAUUGGCACAGCACAUCCUGUGGCAGAGUUCGACCACACUGGAUACUACAACUCGUGCACGAUGAAGAGCUGCUGCUUCGCCGGUGACCAGGAUCAAUUUGUGCUAUCUGGGUCAGAUGACUUCAAGCUGUACCUGUGGAAGAUACCUGAUGCAGCACAAAGUCACCAGUGCUUCUGGAAAGAACGUCCUACAUCUGUCGACCAUACUUUCGUUAGGAGAGCGCACAUGACCUUGAAGGAUCAUAGGUCUAUUGUGAAUCAGGUUCGCUACAAUCCUCAAAAUAUGAUUAUUGCUUCCUCGGGAGUUGAAAAGAUUAUCAAGUUGUGGAGUGCAGUAUCCCUUCCAGGUGGAGGAGGUGCACUGAGAGAAAUCCCGACAGACCACCACGAGACCCACCGGAGGAUGUACACUUACGAGGAGUAUAUUGACCUUGUCAUGGAGAGUGGUCAGUUCAUGAGCCACGACUACAGUCACCAGUCAGUCAAGGAAGAUCCACGGAUGAUGGCCUUCUUUGAUUCCUUGGUUCAGAGGGAUAUCGAAGGAUGGUCUUCAGAUUCUAGCAAUGCUACCGCCACUUCGGAGUGUCUCCUCGACACUGUUGCCCUGAGUCCAGAUUGCCCUCCCUCCCCUGAAUCUGCAACCUCCCUCGGCAUAUCAUCACCAUCCUCGGAUGAUGAUUGUGCCAGUCCACCUUCACCCACUUCACCUUCAUCACAUACUCCAAGUCCAAGCUUUAACGCCACCACAAGUAACAGCAGAAUAGCACAACUGAUUGUGCAGAGACGCCGAGCGCAGCUGCUACGUGCCAGCUGCCUUCGUCGACUAGAGAGACCAUCACUGCAGCGGAGGAGGGAGCGGCAUUCGUCAGAGAGCGAUCAGAUGUCCGCUCCUUCUUCGCCACAGCCCAGCAGUUCGAGAUCGCGCAUACUUCGGCUAAAAGGUUGCCGCGAAAAAGGCCGCGAACAGGAGUCGAAGCACGAGUCAUCAGAUUCUGGUUCUGAAGAACGAAUAAAUGAGCCACAAGAAACUGAAAGUCUAAGCAAUGAUCUAAAUCACAACUACCAGCAGCCACCCCAUGAACUUUCACGUCACAGUACAAACAAGGUUCCAUCGAGCCAUUCAAGGUUUAGAAGACUGAGAGACAAAAGAAGGAGAGUGCUGAUGACGCAGGACUCUUCAGAUGAGGACUCUAGUGAAAGGAAUGAAAAUGAACGUGGAUCUGUGACUGACAUCGCAGCUGAUUCUGUUAAUGGGAAUUCGGCAGUGCCAAAGGACGAAAAAAAUUCUGUCGGUGAUUCAACUCCAAUUCGAUCAAAUGGAAGUGCAGGUACCCUUGAGGAUGUUUGUACUACAUGCUCAAAUGAUGGUCAUACCAGCACUACAGGGAGCAAUGGCAGUGCACAUUUCAAGAGACUGAAGCAGGGCUUUCGGAACGGAAGGUCAUAUCGUAACCAAAAUUCCAGGAGCAAUCAGUGAUGCGAGUAUCUAGUGUAUGGGUGAUGUGUGUUACUUGUAAUAUAAGACUGUGUAUGCUACAUGCCUGGGGGCGUAAAAUCUUUGGCGAGAAAUAAAUCCUAUAGCCCUCAUGUAUGCAUACUUGUGCAUUCUGGGGCAUGGUGUGCUGAA